AGAAUGCUAGCUAGAUGAGGCGCCACGUAGGAUAAUACGAAGACACAUUGAAUCACAUUCUUCGCCAUAUCCUCACAGUAACACAACAGUGUGUUGGUUUACUAUUUUUUUUUUAGAUCUCGAAAGCUCUUCAAUGAAUCAUUUUCCCAUCCUAUAAAUAAAUUUCCAAAUGGCAUUACUACUGCGUUUUCCUCCUCACUCUAUUUACCUUCUCCGCCACACUUCAACUCCGCCGAAGCUCUUCACUCCCCCAACCCAAAACAAGCGUCUCCUCCUCUUCUCCGCCGCUGCCAUGGCUACUCCCGCUGCUCCUGCUCGCAAGGUUUUGGUUCCGAUCGCUAAUGGCACGGAGCCGAUGGAGGCGGUGAUCACCAUUGAUGUUCUGCGACGAGCUGGAGCUGAUGUUACUGUUGCUUCUGUGGAGAAGCAGCUUCGUGUUGAUGCUUGCCAUGGAGUUAAGAUCGUCGCUGAUGCUUUGAUCACUGAUUGUGGCCAAAACGUCUUUGACCUCAUCACUCUACCUGGAGGCAUACCUGGGGCUACCAAUCUUAAAAACAGUGGAAUUCUAGAAAGCAUGGUCAAGAAGCAGGCUGCAGGUGGGCGGCUUUACGCUGCAGUUUGUGCUUCCCCUGCAGUGGCUCUCGGGGCGUGGGGUUUGUUAAAGGGCAAAAAAGCAACGUGCUAUCCAUCAUUUAUGGAACAAUUAGCCUCUACUGCAAAUGCUGUUGAGUCAAGAGUCCAAGUGGAUGGAAAAGUUGUAACAAGUCGUGGACCUGGGACUACUUUGGAAUAUGCUGUUGCACUGGUUGAGCAGUUGUAUGGGAAAGAAAAAGCUGAUGAAAUUUCUGGCCCACUGGUAAUGCGAUCCAACCAUGGUGAAGAAUAUACUAUAAAGGAGCUAAAUCCUGUGCAAUGGACAUUCAAUGAUGGCCCAAGGAUUCUUGUACCUGUUGCCAAUGGCAUAGAGGAAAUGGAAGCUGUUAUGAUCAUUGAUGUUUUACGAAGAGCAAAAGCAAAUGUAGUCGUGGCGUCUGUUGAGGAUAAAGUGGAAAUUUUGGCUUCUCGCCAAGUCAAACUCGAGGCAGAUAUGCUUCUUGAUGAGGCUGCCAUACUUUCAUAUGACCUUAUACUUUUGCCAGGUGGACUCGGUGGUGCUCAAGCAUUUGCAAACUCAGAAAAGCUGGUAAAUUUGUUAAUGAAGCAGAGGGAAUCAAAUAGACCUUACGGAGCAAUAUGUGCUUCCCCAGCUCUAGUCCUCGAGCCCCAUGGUUUGCUCAAGGGGAAAAAGGCCACAGCUUUUCCUGCCAUGGUGAACAAGCUGUUGGAUCAGAGCGAAGCCGAAAACAGGGUGGUCGUGGAUGAAAACCUCAUCACGAGUAGAGGUCCAGGAACUUCCAUAGAGUUUGCUCUGGGAGUUGUGGAGAAACUGUUUGGACGGGAGAAAGCGUUGGAGCUUGCCAAGACGAUGCUAUUGUAAGCCCCCAAUCCCAGAAUCUCUCUCUCUCUCUCUCUAUAUAUAUAUAUAUUCUAUCAUAGACUAGAAUGAAUAUGAUAUGAUAGAAGUGGUUGGAUUCAUGUUUGAAUAUGAAUCCACUCGGCGAAUGUGAUGUUUAUAAAAUAGUCUCUCAAAGAUUUAAUUUCACUAACUUUUAUGUUUCUCUUAAUCUUAUUUGAGUCAUCUCAUCAACUACUGUUGUUUAUUUCUGUUUGAGCCAUUAACCACUAUUAGUCAUGUUAGAUGGUUUACAAAGCCUCUUGUGGCUGCUCAAGUGAAAGUCUGUUUUUUGAUAAUAUGGAAGUUAUGAAAAUUUGAUUUGGACUUGCA